AUGUACAGGAGUCGGCCGGGAAAGCUGGUGUCUAGCUUGUUACUCCGCAGCUCGGAGUAAAGUGUUACGAAGAGGCUAUAAAAGCAAGAGAUGAAAAUAAAGUGACGAUAAUAAUCGACCGUGAAUGCAAGAACUCAGCUAAACGUACGGAACAGGCAACAUGUACAGUGCUUACAUAUGCGCGACCGGUGCCGUCUGGGGAAGCAAUGCUUGCGCAUGCCAUAUUAUGAAAGAGGGGAAGGGCCAGACGAAGAGCAGAGGAUGAUGACGACAGUUUUUGGCACGGUGUACAGCAGGAGUCAAUACGUAGGCGAUACAAGGAAAUAACCGUCACAGAAAUGCAAGGGGAACACGAAUACAUGUAACAAACACCGUUACGUGCCAGAACACGAAGGCCGAGGGUAUGCACGAGGGUUUUAUGUUCACCACCGCGAAUAGCAAGACUGCCCUCACUCAGCCCCUCCCAUCUUGAUUUGUUUUUAUUACUCGCCCUUCCGUAUUCGGUCGACAUUCAGACCUAUCGGUCGCUUUUUGAUGCGUCUUUACAGGCUGAGCCCGAAUGAUCAUGCACCUCGUGGGAAGUACAAAAGUCCAAACGUAGUUCAGCAUUCGUGCGCCAAAGGCAAAGGUAUUCGCCGCCCAUGUCCUCCAUGACGCCGCCAAGACCCGGACGUCGCCGGCCAUCUUUGAAGGGGCGGACACUUGCCGCGGCAGUGUUCUUUUUGCUGCCGCCGCUGACUCAAGGCUCACAUGUAGAAAGCUUUCAGAACGCUUCGCGCAGCGCUUCUUCAGGAGCGACUGUGUUCGCAACCACGACGAUGACCACUAGUGUGGACCAGGUGGAUGCGUCCGAUUUCCUGCGAGAGCUUCGAGAAACGGUUGGGCGUGGCUUCGCCAGCAUGCCGGUCUCCCUGAGGAGGAAGAUGCUGGAGGCCGAGGUGCGGCCGGAGUGCAGUGUUGCCCUUCUGAGGUUCAUGCGGGCCUUCCUGAACUUCGAGCCGUGGGCACUCAGACUGUUCGACGCGACCGGAAAGUACCCGACCGGCCUCUUCCAGGGAUCUCGUGCUGACCUUGGAGCUUUCGACCAGUGCCUAGAGACGGUGGUGCAUGACAGUUACGGAAACGUGCUGACACGUGGCCAGUACUGCAACCUGCUUGUCUACUCCAAGAAUGGAACUGCCACAGAGGCUGCGAUUCUGGCCGUGCCAGACGUCCUUCACCCGAGGAUAAAAUAUUUCAGCAAUUACUUCACUGCCAAAGAUUAUCCUCUUCUCCGCAUGGCGAUAUGCUUUACAGAGGACUGCAACCAACAAGACUUGCAAGCCUUAGUAAACGUUGUGAAUCUACCUCUAGUACGUCUGAAAGUGUCCGGUUGUGUAACUGCAGACCCUGAGCCGUGGACGAAGGCACAGAUUGGCAUAGUGUACGUUGAUGCAUCAGCUCUAAGCAUGCUGACCAAUAGGCCACACGCAAGCUCAGUCUUGUUUUCGUACUACUGCUACCUUAAGCAGUCGCCUAGGUGCAUAUGUUUUUUUUUUUUUUGCAUGCAGGUGUAGUUCAUUCGUUCAAUCAAUCAAUCAAUCAAUCAAUCAAUCAAUCAAUCAAUCAAUCAAUCAAUCAAUCAAUCAAUCAAUCAAUCAAUCAAUCACUCAUCAAUGCAUCAGUCAACGGACAAAUGAAUCAACCAAACAAUCGAUCAAACAAUCAAUAAAUAAACCAUGUAUGCAAUACAGUUAUUCCAGCUUUACCCAGUUUUUUCGAUUCCCACUUGAUUGGGCCGACCUUUUCGCAACGUUUCAGGCUCUUGCGUUCUUGAUCAGAGCACUUGACGGAGAGUGCAGCAGGUCCCAUGCUUAUCAAACCUUAAAGAGCUCCCGAUUGAAGGAACACUUCUUACCAACCUCACAACACAGUAGCAACAAGCGUUCAUCAGC